UAUGGUAUAGAUUCCCUUUUGCCAGCUUUGCUCCGUUCAUUGGAUGAACAGCGUUCUCCAAAGGCCAAGCUUGCUGUAAUUGAGUUUUCAAUUGGCUCUUUUAACAAGCAUCCUUCGAAUUCUGAAGGUGCUGGAAAUAGUGGCAUCCUCAAGUUAUGGCUUGCUAAGUUGACACCACUAGUCUAUGAUAAAAACACCAAACUGAAAGAAGCAGCUAUUUCAUGCAUUAUAUCAGUGUACACACACUUUGAUGCAACAGGGGUUUUGACUUUUAUUCUUAGCUUAUCAGUUGAAGAACAAAAUUCCUUGAGACGGGCACUUAAACAGUAUACCCCUCGUAUAGAGGUGGAUUUGAUGAAUUUUCUACAGAAUAAGAAGGAAAGGCAACGUUCCAAGUAUGAUCCAUCUGAUGUUGUUGGAACAUCUUCUGAAGAGGGAUAUAUAGGAGCUUCAAAGAAAAGUCAUCUAUUUGGAAGGUAUUCUGGUGGUUCAGUUGAUAAUGAUGGUGUCAGAAAGUGGAACUCUGUUCCAGACUCGACCUAUAUGACUAGCUCCAUAGGUCACUCUUUGUCUGAUGAUACUCAAGACUUCUAUCGUGAUGUUGAAACUGGUUCCAACUCCGAUCUUCCUGUUUCAAAAGCUUUGGCCCUUACCGCUAAUCAGAGUGACGGAUUGUGGGAUAAUCCGCAGGAAUGUAAUUACGACAGCUUAAAGAUGGAGCACACUUCCACUCCCCAUCUGGAGGUUAAUGGGUUAGUUGACUCGGAGCAUCUAGGGGUAGCUGUGGGUGUUGGAGCUGAUAAGGAAUCUGAUUUGGGACUUAAUCACCUGAAACUUUCUUCUCUGAAGAUAAACUCAACUCCAGCAACUGGACCAAGCAUUCCUCAAAUUCUUCAUACGAUCUGUAAUGGCAGUGAUGAAAGUUGUGCUGCCAACAAGCAUGGUGCACUUGAACAACUAGUUGAAGCUGUUGCCAAUGAUCAAUCUAUAUGGAAUAAGUACUUCAAUCAGAUAUUGACUGCUGUAUUCGAGGUGCUAGAUGAUUCUGAGUCUUCAUUAAGAGAACUUGCUCUAUCUCUGAUAGUCGAAAUGUUGAAGAAUCAGAGAGAUGCUAUGGAGGAUUCAGUUGAGGUUGUAAUUGAAAAACUGCUCAACGCAACCAAGGAUGUUGCCCUGAAAGUUGCAAAUGAAGCCGAGCAUUGUUUAACUAUGGUGUUGUCCUUGUAUGACCCAUUUAGAUGCUUAAGUGUUGUUGUUCCUUUGCUUGUCACCGAAGAUGAGAAGACUCUUGUAACUUGUAUUAACUGUUUGACAAAGCUUGUGGGGAGGUUUUCCCAGGAAGAAUUGAUGUCUCAGCUACCCUCGUUCUUACCUGCCCUGUUUGAUGCUUUUGGAAACCAGAGUGCAGAUGUUCGCAAGACUGUUGUGUUCUGUUUGGUUGACAUAUACAUCAUGCUCGGCAAAGCAUUUUUGCCAUACUUGGAAGGGCUGAACAGCACACAGUUAAGAUUGGUGACUAUUUAUGCAAAUAGAAUAUCACAGGCCAGAACAGGUACUCCUAUAGAUGCGAACCGCAGUUAGCUGUUGCCAGCUUUUUGGGAUUUCCUUGUUGGUUCCCGAGGAGUUUAAUCUUAUCAUUCAAUCUUUUGAUGUGUCCUGUAUAUCGUGUGAAUGUGCAUUUUGAAGGCGGGUAAAGUUGUAUUCUUUUAUUUAACUGUGUGUUCAUCUUUUUUCCUCCCAUAUAUUGGUUGGGAGUUGGAGAGUGCGUGUUGGGAACAAGAGUGAUGUUGUAAACAGUAAAUGUUGUGCUUAUAAUGAAAUCUACAGUUUAUUGAA